AUGAUGGAUCACUUGCGUCGAGUUACCUCAAAAGAAAUCCAUACUCAUUAUUGCGGCAAUCUCAUUCAGAAUGAACUCAUCAAUUUAAUGGGGAAACAAGUGAAAAAUGCGAUUCUUGAUAAGGCAAAGAAGGCAAAAUAUUUUUCAAUAAUUUUGGAUUGCACUCCAGAUGUUAGCCGUACAGAACAGUUGUCACUGACCAUACGGUUUGUGGAUAUUGCACGAGAAGACAUCUCUGUUAAAGAACACUUUUUAACUUAUCGUCCAGCAAAUGACACUUCUGGAAAAGGACUUGUGGAACUUCUUUACAGUGAAAUGUCAGAAUGUGGUCUUGAUAUGGACAAUUGCCGUGGCCAGGGGUAUGAUAACGGAGCCAACAUGAUUGGAAUAAACAAAGGUGUACAAAAGAGAGUUCUCGAGAAAUAUCCCCGAGCAUUUUUUAAUCCAUGCGGUUGUCACAGUUUGAAUUUGGUGAUUGGUGAUGCUUCAAAAUCAUCUGUAAAAUCCGUUUUUCUUUUUGGUGUUCUUCAGAGAUUGUUUACGUUGUUUGCAUCUUCUACAAAACGAUGGAGCAUUCUCAAAGAACACGUAAAAAAUAUGUCUUUGAAAAAAGUCUGUGAAACACGAUGGGAAUGCAGAAUAGAAAGCUUGAAAGCAGUCCGUUAUCAGAUGGCUGAGAUACAUGAGGCACUCUUGGACAUGGAAGAAAAUAUAGAUGAUCCAUCAUUAUCGUCGGAGGCAAAAUCACUUUCUUUAAUUUUGGAAGACUUUAGUUUUAUUCUUACUCUUAUUAUAUGGUAUGAUCUUCUCUUCCAAGUAAACAUUGUUAGCAAAUCUAUGCAAUCUGGGUCUAUUGAUCUGCCACUUUGCAACAACCUACUACAGGUCUGCAUUAGAUUUGUGAAAGAUUAUCGAAGUUCUGGCUACGUAUCCGCUAUGGUUACUGCUAAAGAAAUAGCUUCAGUUUUAGGGAUUGAGCCAAGAGUAAAGAUGCAUAAAAGGCAGAGAACCAAGAAAAGAAUGUUUGAGUAUGAGGGCCAUGAUGAGACUCCUCAAGAAGAUGAAGAUUGUUUCAGGGCAACAGUAUUUUACCCACUAAUUGACAACAUGACUACAUCACUUGAAAGGCGUUUUAGACAAUUGUCUAAGCACAACAAAACAUGGAGCUUUCUCUACAACAUCAAAAUGUUACCUGAAAAAGAAGAGCUGCUUAAAUUGUGCAAUGACUUGGAGCAUAUCCUGAACAAUAAAACUGAAUCUGAUAAUGAUGGUUUUCAGUUGUCUGAAGAACUAAAAUAUAUUCAGCCUACUAUUGUCAAAGACUCUGUCACACCCUUAGAAGUCCUGCAGCACAUUUCCCAAACUGAUACAGUAGGAUUAUUUCCAAAUGUGUGGGUCACACUAAGAAUCAUGCUUACCAUUCCAAUUACAGUUGCUAGUGGUGAAAGAAGCUUUAGUAAGCUAAAAUUGAUAAAGACCUAUUUACGAUCCACAAUGUCUGAGGAGAGGUUAUCAUCACUUGCUAUACUGUCAAUUGAGAACGAAAUGGUCGAAAGCAUAGAUUAUACUGCGGCAGUACAAUCUUUUGCUGCUGCGAAGUCUAGGAAAGUUUCAUUUGUGUAG